AGCAACCUUCAGGCUCUCUUAGGAUUUUCACAUCAUAUCAACGGUCACGCCGAUCGAAUUUACAUAGACAUUUGCUGAUUGCUAUGGGCCAGGAGUCGGACUCAAGCGACCCCUGAGGAGACGGUCCUCGACUGUAUUGCUUUGAAUAUCUGAAGUGGAAUCGCUCGAAGGGAGCAUCCAGACACUUUGUAUCCGACCAUGCGUUGGGACAUCCAUUACCAAAGCUUCGCUAUACGCCUACUUGAGCGCGCGAUGGCCAUGGAAGAUGUCCGAGAGAAAUGCAUCCUUCUUACAAACUGGCGCUUCCAUAAUGGGCGAGCUCUGGCGGCAAAGCACCACCGCUGCUCUGUCCUUCGCUUUGCGUCCACAUCUUUACCUCUUCUGUGCUUCGUCGACGGGCUGGUCCAGCGUUAUUCCUGACUGCGUUGCUUCAACUAGGCACUCAGUCAGGCAAUUUGCGACGUGGCUUGCUGCUACUGACAUCCAUUCUCACCAACGUCUCUGCUCAUUGACACAUGAAGCCGUUCACGGACUAGCCAAAGUCAAGGCUAAUCUCUCGUCUGCGCUUGUCUAGCCAGAAGUUUGGAAAGGAGGCUUCGCGUAGUGAACAAUGCGACGUGGGUCCAAGAUUCCUCCCUUUCUCUUCUACUCCAAGACGGGCAAGCACAUGUGUCAUUAUUACACGGACAGGGCACGCAGAUCAUGUCGGUUCCAGAGUUGUGAAGCUUCCGAAUGCCUAGUCCAAUGAAGCAUGUU